AUGUCCGCAGAUGGUGCGCAAAACAUCCUUUCUAUCUCGGAGGGAGACGAAGCUCAUGGCCAAGUUAUGCCUGUUUGGGCCGUAUUGAGCAACUCAGAUGAAGGUGUAGAUGUGUCGACGCGAAGAAUCUUGCUAGACGACGCCGGCGCUGGCAAAUAUCUUGUCGAAGUUGAGGAAGAAAUCGGCGAAAGCAUAGCCCGGCACAUCUGGGAUGCUGGUGUGCUAACGAUGUGUUCUGUUGCAGGCGCUUACUUGUGUCCUGGCCUCGAGUGCAGCCAACAGUCGCUUCCCAAAGCUAUGAAGACCAUCUUCUCCUCCCAGACGACACUAAAUAUUCUUGAACUUGGAUGUGGUGUCGGAAUUCUGGGCAUCGGAAUCGCCACGGUAGUUCCAGAAUUGCGAAAAGAGGGACUGGAACAGUGCACAAUCAUGAUGACGGAUCUGGACGAGGCCGAGGAGAGAGCAACAACGAAUAUGCGGCGGAUAGCCACCAGCCCAUCAAAUCACGGCUUGUCGCUACUAUACGAAAACCUUGAUUGGGAAGAUGGAAGGAGAGGGGUGUUUGGCCCCGAAGUUGCAUGUCGCUGUUGGGACCUCAUCAUCAUAAGUGACUGCACCUACAACGUCGACAUGCUGCCAGCACUUGUGGAGACGCUGAGUGCCAUCGAGAGCUCAAGUAAAAACAAUAAGGGGGUCGCAACUGGGACAAAAGUCUUCCUAGCUACUAAGCCGCGGCAUGCAUCGGAGCGAGCUUUCUUUGACCAGAUGACGGACAACAGGUGGUCGGUUGAGUGCAGCCAGAUAUUAAGACUGCCCGUUCUGGGCAACGAAGACGAGUCUGUAGAGCUGUACUUGUUCCAAAGACAAUAG